UCACAGUUUACAAGUUUCGACGUUUCUGUUUUUGCAUCAGCUGCAGUUUGGUGUGCUUUUGUUUCUAGUAAUGUGUAAAAAUGAUAGCUUUGUGUAACAGUUAAAAAUUAAUGUCUCUGUGAAUAGCGUACAUAAAAUUGUGAUUGUAAAUUGCAACUUGCUCUCUUUCCCAUUCAAUUAAGUAAAUUAUUAGUAGGUUAGGGCUAGUUUAGCCCUACUUCGAAGUUCAAAUUGAACUUUAUAUUUAAUAAUUGUCAGUUCGUCAUAACAAUUUACGUUAACGUAAAUAACAUUAACAAUUUCUUAGUUUUGAAGUCUUGGUAGGCUAGUAGUAGUAGUAAUACUCGGUAUUAAUUGUUUAACUUGUGCUUAUUCGUUCAUCAGUAGACAGUUCACUAUAACUAAGUUAUACUUAGAACGAGAAAGUUUUCGGUGUUUGUUCAUCCGUGAUAUACAAGUAACCCAUCAUUAUAUUUUGAAGUUAUAAAAUUAUUUUUAACUUUUAGUUUUAAGCUUAGAAGUUAGACUUAGGUUAGUGUCACACCAGAUUUGAAGAUAUUUGCACGACUCUUGAAAAAGUAUGGCAGCAUCUCGCUCUCGGCAAUCCUUGAAGUUGCAGUGCAAUAUUGAAGAAAUUGAUUGGCAAAAGCCAUCACCAUUAUUAGAAGAUGAAAGUAAAAGUGGGUUUUCUGAUCAAAAUGAAACAUUAAGUCGACCAUCUUUACAAGGCUCAGUGAAAAGUCAUACCUCUCCGAAACCACUUCCUGAAUAUCAGUACACUAAAGAGGAACUGAUGGACAUUUCAAAGUUACCAGUUGCCAGGAAGAGACCUAGUUGUUUAGACUUGGAGUUUAACAACUCUUGUGGGUUGUGGGAUCCCUUGAAUUGGUUUUCUGCUGUACGUCAAGAUGAGCAGGAACUUGUAGAAGAGACAAAAACGAAACGUGAAAGAUCCUAUGAAAUGGAGAAAGAAGCUGGUGUAGUUCACAAACGAAGGACUUCAGACCCAAAGGAACGUAUUAAAGAAGAGAGAGACACCAUUGUGCUGAGUCCACAGAGAAGAAGUUUUGGAACAGGUUGUCAUAUACCUCAGCAGGUUUCAAAACAACCUGGAAGUUCUUAUGAAUCAAAGGAAUCAGAAAGUGCUGUUCAUCGUGAACCUGUUAGAAGAAUUGGCAGUGGAAGAAUAUUAGCACGUGAUAGGGACCAAUGGGACAAGGACAAGGAUCAACAAGAACGAGACUAUGGAUACAACAGAUGUAAUGGCAAUCGACGUGACAGGUUGGAUCGAGAUGAUCGAGAAAAAGAAGGUCGAAUUCCUGGUCGAUUCAGUGACCAUGGAGAAAGAAGAUUUGGAAGAGGUCGAACAGAUGUUCACAUUACAGAGGAAGAACCUGAAUGGUUUAGUGAAGGUCCAACCAGCCAGUCUGAAACUAUUGAGUUAGUGGGACUAGAUGAUUUCCAUCAAGAGGAUAAGAGAGAAGGAAGACGUUCUAAGGGUAAGAAAAGUCGAGAAUCAUUCCGGAAGCUCGCCCUUACCCAACAAGAUAAUGAAGAAGCAAAUGACUCGAGGACAACUUCUUUCAAAAGGGAUAGUCCAACAACAGUUGAAUGUAAACAAGUUCAGAAAAGCUAUGAAACUGUUGGUCAACUGAAGAUAGAAGAGGAGCCAGAAUCAAAACAAAAACCACAUAACUUUUAUAUUGGUGACCUGUUUAAGAGUACAGCUGCAGUUGAAUACGAAGAAGCUCAGGAAAGCCAUGAAACUUUUGGUGAACUGAAGACAGAAGAGAAACCAGAAUCCAAACAAACUCCUCAUGACUUUGACAUCAAUGAUCUAUUCAAGAAUGAUUUGAUCCCAGAGUUACUUCCUAAUGGUAUUCUAGAUGAGCCCUUAGACAGCCAGGGUGUUGCAAGUAGCCGGUUCAGUCAGUGGUUUCAAAGAGACAGUCCUGCACAUGUUAGGCUUGACUCUGAUCCUAAUAGUCGAAGAUCAUCCUUUCAGGAUGAACUGGUAGCACACGUCUUAAGUGGUAUAGGAGAUUCAACAUCACAGCCACCAGGUGUAGACAAUUACUUUGCUCCAAUUAGUCCUGCAGUAACACAGAGUUAUAGCGAAGGUGGAUUCUCCCCCCAGCAGCUAACCUCUCAGCAGUCAGAACAAGAUGAGGACAAGAACAUUUUAGAAUUACUUCACAUUGCCAACAUAAGCUUGGAACCCCUUUUGAAUGGUGAAGCAGACAAAAUGGAGGACUGUGAACUUGACCAUAAAACAAGAAACAUUGAAGCCUUAGAGGCAGAUCUCAAGAACCUUGUAUUAGGAAACAAAAAUAAAGAGGAGGAGGAACUAGACAACAAUGCUUUUAAUGAACUGUUAAACCAGAUAGGACAGGACAGAGGAUCACCCAUUUGUGUCACUGUACCUCCAGUAGACAGAUCAAAGCUCAUGCAUGAAAGUGAUUUACUGACCAACUUGAUGAGGGGUAAUACCCCCACUCCGCCCUUACUUCCCAGCAUUAUACCGACAAUCUCCCAUAGCCAUGUUUCGGCUUCCUCUUCUCCACAGUUACCUGAAGGAGGCUGUGGAGACCUCAUGAGUCUACUAAAGGGAAGGACCAGUCAUUCAGAUGUCCAUAAUGCUCAAGAUGUUCUGGGAUUUCCAGCUGGAGAUGAACUGGCUCAACUUUUGAACCAGAAACAAGGCAUUUCUGUAGACAUGCUGGCCAAACUGUUAAAUGUUCAAGAGCCAACAUCAGUGUCAAAUCAAACUUUCUGUGAACCUGUGAGUGUUCAAACAUCACCUCAAGGAUUUACAGACAUCCAUGUAAACUCUGCUUUUGAGUCUGGCAAUAGAACUGAUCCCCACAGCAUGCGAGGCUUGGUUGAUUUGACCAACCUUUAUCUGAACAUUGGAGUCAUCUGCUCUUUUGGUCUUCACUGUUGGAACCUGUCAUCAAAUACCACAAUUGUUGAGUAUGAAUGUGAACACAUGGAAGCAGAUGCAUCUGUGUUUUUCAUCUAUUCACAGAUGUGUAAAGCUGGUAUACAAAUACCUGUCAUCAUAGAUGCAGUAGACCCUGAUGUUGUUGUUUUGGCAGCAUAUGUUGCCCACAGGACUCAGGGAAUUCUUGCAAUUAAAUACAAGAAAAGCUUCAUAGAUUGCAAAGCUUUAUAUUCCAAGGAAGUAGCAGAUAUCGUAAUUCUACUUCAUAUUCAUAGUGGAUCAGAAACAACAACUGCCUUACUUGGGCAUGGAAAGAAGACAGUUUUCAUGAGAGCAUCUACCUCAGCUGAAGCACGAACUUUCCUCAGACAAGUUGGGGCAAACAUUCCAGGUACACAACAGGUUCUUGAUGAUGUGGCCAUGUAUAUGAAGACAAGUUGGGACAAACAUUCCAGAUCUCCUCCAUCUCCUUUGAACCAUAGGUGGAUCAUUGAAAAUCCUUGCAUAGCUUUAAGGUACUUACAACCAGCCCUUCCAAGUAACUUCCAAGCCUUGCAUAUCCAAGAAGUAGUUACUGUUGGCCCUGUGAAGUUUGAAUAUAAUGACUUUGAUGAUGAGGAAGAUUACAUCGACAAUACAUCCAAAAUUAACCCUCAAACCUUAAUCAGUGAAUUUUGGUCACAAACUCUGGGUCCUCUACUUCUAAAUGAACAGUUACUAGUACAUUCUGCUGCUGUACUCCCUCGUGUACCUUCGCCCCAAGAACUUGCUGUACAUACUCAGUCAAUUCUACAAAAUGCUCUUAUAAAGAGGAAAUUGGAGGAACAGAAAGAAAAUUUUAGACGAAGGCAAGAAGCUCAAAGAACACAGUCUCCAAGCAUCCCAUCUAUGAUGAAUAAACCUGGUAUUGUUAAUGGUUCUUCACCAAAGGGUCUGAGUCCUACAAUGGCAGCUUUCACACCAACCUCAGUCAUGAGGAAAAUGCAGUCUGAGAAAGAGAGAGAAUCACCUGUUGAAAAGGCUAACCAGCCAGCAGUGUUUCCCAUUAAGAAAAGUCUCAACAUCAGUACUGUACCUAUUGUGACUGUGAGCAGCCAGCUGUCUCCAACACGAGUCCAAAGAAAUGAUGCUACUAAUGGUGAUCAACGACAAAAACAACAGCAAGCACUUGCAACCAGUAGUCAAGCACUGUGUGGACCUGGCCGACCAAUUUUGAAAGGAUCUUCAAGUCAGAGUACAGCAGCUGACCACUUUGGUCGAGGAGGAAGCAAGAUUGGUGCUGGUCCUCGGAAACCUUUCUUAGGCCCAACACAAUCAAUUGCUAAGGAAUCUUUUGUUAAACUGAUGGAACAACAACGCUUGCUUCAGCACCAACAAGCCCAGGCUCUUCUUGCAGCCCAGCGACAAUUAAAUGCUUCUCCCAUGCCUCCAACAUCCUUUUGUAUGGGUCCUCGUGCACCUGCCAGUCUGAAUAAUAACUUGGUUAGACCCGGAAGUGUUGGUCUUAGUCCUAAUCUUAACAUCAUGUUGCUUCGUAAUUUUUUCCAGAACAACAUGAACAUCCAUAAUGUUCGAGAAAGUUUUGGUAACCUGCCUGGUUUGGGAAGACAACAUCUUAUGCCAGUCCAGGGUGCUGCCAAUCGACAGUCGCCUGUCAACUUAACAAAAUGGUUUGGAAGUGAUGUACUAAAGCAGCAGAUGCCAGACAUGCCACCAGUUCCUCACCAAAGAGCAUACUUGGUUGAAGAGUUAGAACGACAGCAGCAAGCUGCAUCUGUUCAUCAUUAAAUUCUCAAGACUAUGAGCAGAGAUAAAGCUAUUAAUUUUGUAUGUUUACCUUGGAGCUUAAGAAAUAAUGGUAAUACGUAAGGCCUGUACUUUCUUCUUGAAUUUUUCCAUGUUAAGAGUUAUUACUAACACCAGGAAAUAGAAAUGUUCUAUGUAAAUUUAUCUCAUAAUUUUCGUUUGUAAAGUUGUCACACUAGCACCAGAUAAUACAAAAAUUCUCUGUGGAUUUUAUACACUCAUUACUUUUACCUUCUCAACUGAAGUGUCAUACUAAUACAAAUAUUCUCUGUGGAUCUAUUAUCUACAUUAUUUAUAUUUUCUCAGCCUUUCUCAUAUUAAAACCAGAAAAUAAAAUUGAUCUGUGUGAAUCUGUUACCUACAUUAUAUUUUAUUUUCUCAACCUGAAUGUCAUCGUAAUGCUGUGAAGUACAUGUUUUGUGUGAAUCUGUUAUCUAAAUUACUUUUAUUUUCUCAAUUUAAGUGUCAUUCUAAUGCUAUGAAGUACAUGUGUGAAUCUAUUAUUUAAAUUACUUUUACUUCCUUAACUUCAGUGUCAUCUUAAUGCUACGAAGUAGAUGUUUUGGGUGAGAACCUUCUAUUGGUUACUUUUAUUUUCUCAACCUGAAUGCUAUACUAAAACUAGGAAGUGACAGUUAUAUACACUACUCUUUAAUUUUCCCAACCUAAAUGUCAUCCCAAUGCUAUGAACUAAAUGUUCUUUACGAAUCUGUUAUCUAUAUUGUAUUUUCUCAACUUAAGUAUCAUUGUAAUGCUAAUGAGUAACUGUUUGGUGUGAAUCUGUUAUAUAAGUUACUUUUAUUGUCUCAGUGUAAAUGUCAUACAAACAACAGGAAGUAAUUAUUCUGUGUUAACCUGUUAACUGAUGUUACAUAUUUUUUAGUGUCACCCUAACAUACAAACUUGUUGUGUGAACCUGUUAUCUAAUUUUUGUGUUUUCUCAUAAUGGUAUGAAGUAAAUGUUCUGUAUGAAUCUUAUCUAAAUUACUUUUCUUUAUUUACAUGUCACAAUGACAUCGGGAAACCAACUUUGUAUAUCUUUUUUCAUUUUUACAACAACCUAGAAAUAAGUAACUAAAUGAAUCUCUUAGAUAUAUUAUUUUAAAUCUUAAUAAUCUGAGGUGUAUGUUUCUUCUGGUGCCACAAAUUGUGCUGUAAAUUUAUGUCUUGUGAGGUGACAUUUCUGUUACAAAGUAUUAAGGUGUUUGUGAUAACACAAAGUAAAGGAUUGUUUCCUUGUUGUCAUUCUCUGAUACUGAUUGUGUUGAGGAUUUAUUGUGCUGAAUAUAAAUUGAUCAAUAAACCAUGUGGUGUACUUUUAUUACCUGUAGUCUAGAUAACUGUAUGGUCUAUUCUACUGUUUUGAGCUGCUUCUACAUGUGAGUUAAGGUAAUCUUGCUACAGUGUAUGUCAGUUAAACUUUAAUAUUCUAAUAAUUGUAGUGACAUUUGUAUAGUUGUUCUAGUGUUACUUUUGUUAUGUGUUCAGGUACUGAACCUAAAAUCUGUGAUACAAAUCGGUUGUUCCUUAGCUGCAUUGUUUGUUAUCUGUAGUGAUAAAAGUACACUAAAUACUCUGCAGAAAUAGAGAUUGAAGUCACAUUUCUAUAUCUGGUUAGAUAGUUUUAUUUUCAUGGUCAUCAUGUGUUUGAUUACAAUGCAUUGUACAAAAAAAAACAAAUCUAAAGUUAGUCAAAUGAUGGGAAGGAGAGAUUAUAAAAUAUGUUAAGUAGAGAGAUCUAUUUUUAUGAGAUAAUGUAUAUUAAGCUUGUGCUAUGUUUGAGUAACCGUUUUUUUUAUUUUAGUUUAUAUAUGUCUUGUAAAGAUUGAGUUUUUGCUACUUUGAAUCUAUUUUCUUGUUUUAACAUAAACCAUCAGUAUUCUUUCUGGCAUCUUUGUUAGUAAAGCUGAGUGUUGGUGUUUAAACACUUUAUGUAUUUUUUGGAGGGGUAUUUCUCAAUUUCUUACAAGUAAUGCAGGAAAGUGUGUGCUACAUAGAAUAAAAUUACAAACGUUAUUUAUAACUGUAGAUCCACCAGAAGAAAUGCAGUAAAUUAGGGAACACUGUUUCAUAGUCUUUAGCCCUUCAUUAAAAAAUAGAAGUGAUUAUGUUUCCGGGAGGUUGGUAUAUUACAGGAGUGUAUAUAUAGAUGUAUAUUAUGGUGUAAAUUUGUAUGAGUACUUUCCAAUUUGUACAAGAACAGGUUGGUUUUGUGACAAACAGUAGUAAAGAUUACUAAACAAACACUAGUAAGUUGUGUUUAUAUAUAUAUUAGGCCUAGCUUAUGGAACAGAAGAAUGAUCUUGUCAACAGAUCUUGUAAAGUAGAUUUAACAUACAUGUACAACUUUGUAGAAACAAAUUUAUGUGAUGAAGUUUCUGUUAGCAGUAUUUUAAAUGCAAGAAUUAAAAGUUAAUAGUUUUCGUUUUUAUUUGUGUUUUUUAGUGAAACAUUUGGAAUUUUUUUUAAUUGUAAUUUUGUCAUUUGACAUGAAUCUUUUCCAUGUGAAAUAUUUAUAAGAUAGCAUUUCCUUGUAAAAAGCAUCUGGGGAGGAACUUUUAAAGCCCUGACUUAUGAGUAAAUGAUCGGGUACUAUUUGUUAGUCUUUAACUAUAAUUUCUUAAAGGUUGUUAAAUGUUUUGUGCUCUUGUUUUAUGAACUAAUUGCAUUUAAUAUCGCAUUGUGUUCACAAGGCACAGAAUGAGGGUGAUGAUUUAUUGUAAAGCACUUAUUUUACAAACCAGAUAGGGUGAACUGUUUUGUUAUCUAAUAAACGUGAACACAGCUCUUUAUUUGUGUUUUUUGGAAGGAAGAAUUUACCUGGUGUAAAAAUCCUUUUUUCUCCAGAAAUAUCUAUUACUUGUUAUAGCACUUGGCAGUCAAAUAGUUUAAAAUCACGUAUAAUACAAAACUAUUGUAUCAUUUGAUUAUGCGCUUGGUGUUUUUUCUGUGCCUUCUGUCAAGUAAGAACAAUUUCAGCAACCUGUGUGUGAUACCAUUAAUUUUUUUUUUUUGUACAUUUCAUUGUAUAGCAAGAUCAUCCUGGUGAUGUCUUGCCUUGGGAAUAGUUUUUUUUUGUGUGUUUGUGUGUGGUUUAAUAAACAUCACUGUGUCAGCAUUA